AUGUCACAACGUUUUAGCAAAGUGAAGGAGGGAGGGCAACCUCCGAAAACAUCCAGCGUACUACGGGCCUGUGCAACAUGUGGGACAGUGGAUAUUGCAGUACAGGAAACAACAGACACGGGGAAAAUGAAGAUAAUUUACAAGGUGUGUGGUGGAAACUGGGGUGGAACCAAUGUGGAUGAAACCUUCUUUGAUUUUCUGAAAAAUAUAUUCGGAUCCGAAGUUCAAAACAGGCUUACAAACGAAUGUAGGUCGGAAUAUGUAGAGUUUCUUCGGGUAUUUGAGAUUAAGAAGAGAACAGUCGACAACAACGCUGAAAAGAAUGUUAACCUUGUAGUUCCCCAAUCCUUCAUUAACAUUUUAUUGAAGAAAAGUGACAGUACGAUGGAAGGCAAUAUUAAAGAAUCACCACAUGGCAGAACUGUUUUGUUAAUGGGUAAUAAACUCAAGAUUGAUCAUUCUGCAUUUGUUGCAUUCUAUAAGAAGUCGGUUGAUAAUAUCAUCUCUCAUUUACAAGGUAUUUUUAAUGAGGAUUGUUGUCGUGAUCUUGUCGGUGUAGUUAUGGUCGGGGGAUUUGCUGAGAGUUCCAUUGUUAACUCAGCUAUUAAAAAGGCCUUUCCUGACAAGAAGUUUAUUAUUCCAAUGGAAGCAGGAUUAGCAGUUACUAAGGGUGCAGUUCUCUAUGGCCAUGAACCAGAUGUGAUUUGUUCGCGAAUAUGUCGAUAUACAUAUGGGAAAACCAUUGCCGAAAGUUUCGAUGAAUCCAUACACCCAAUAUCAAGACUUAUUUUGAUUGAAGGAAGACCGUAUUGCAGGGGUGUUUUCCAAAAGUUCUUUACUAUAGGGCAAGUAGUUUCACUUGGUGAGGCGAUUGAAUUGACUAGUACACUGUCCUUUGUCGAUAAGUGGAAUAAGCCCAGUCGUAGAAAACCAAUUCAUGUUUCAGUGUAUGUAUCUGAUAAAGAAUCUCCAAUGUAUGUAGAUGAUAAGGGAUGUCAUCUGCUUGGUAAUAUUGAGGUUAAGUGUGACAAAGGUAUCUGGCCUGAAAGGGUUGAAAUUGAAACAAAAAUGGAAAUCGCCGGGACCGAAAUAAAGGUAACCUCAAAAAUGAAUACCGGAGAAGAAGUGAGCGCCACGUUUGAUUUCCUCUAA